GCGCACCCUAACCGGAAGUCAGGAGGCGCGGCCAGCCAGCUAACAUGGCGGCGGGCUCCGCGUCCUCCUUGGGUGGCGGCGCGUGGCCCGGCUCCGAGGCCGGGGACUUCUUGGCCCGCUAUCGGCAGGUGUCCCACAAGCUCAAGAAGCGAUUCCUGCGGAAGCCGAACGUGGCCGAGGCCGGGGAGCAGUUCGCGCAGCUGGCCCGUGAGCUGCGCGCCCAGGAGUGCCUGCCCUACGCCGCUUGGUGCCAGCUGGCCGUGGCGCGCUGCCACCAGGCGCUCUUCCACGGGCCCGGGGAGACGCUGGCCCUCACCGAGGCCGCCCGACUCUUCCUUCGGCAGGAGUGCGAAGCCCGCCAGCGCCUCGGCUGUCCGGACGCCUGUGGCGAGCCUCUGCAGGCGGCCGCCAGCGCCCUGGGCGCCGCCGUGCGCCUUCACCUCGAGCUGGGCCAGCCGGCCGCCGCCGCCGCCCUGUGCCUCGAGCUGGCUGCCGCCCUUCGCGCCCUGGGCCAGCCGGCCGCCGCCGCCGGUCACUUUCAGCGCGCUGCCCAGCUGCACCUGCCCCUGAUGCCGCUGGCCGCGCUGCAGGCGCUCGGCGACGCCGCCUCCUGCCAGCUGCUGGCGCGCGACUACACCGGCGCCCUGGCGCUCUUUACACGCAUGCAACGUCUGGCACGGGAGCAUGGCGGCCACCCGGUGCAGCACCCCGAGCCUCCUGGGCCCCAACCGCCCCCGUCGGGACCCCAGCCGAGACCUGGCUCGGCCCCGACCCUGCCCCUCCCGCUGCUCCCGGACCAAGCCCCAGGCUCUGCUGCGCCCUCUCCCCGCACACUGGGUGCCUUCGCAGACAUCCUUGUCAGGUGCGAGGUGUCCCGCGUGCUGCUGCUGCUGCUCCUGCAACCACCGCCCGCCAAGCUGCUGCCCGAGCAUGCCCAGACUCUGGAGAAGUACUCCUGGGAGGCUUUCGACAGCCACGGCCAGGAUAGCAGCGGCCACCUUCCCGAGGAACUGUUUCUGCUAUUGCAGUCCCUGGUCAUGGCUGCCCACGAAAAGGACAUAGAAGGCAUCAAGAAGCUGCAGGUGGAGAUGUGGCCGCUGCUGACUGCUGAGCAGAACCACCUCCUUCACCUUGUUCUGCAGGAAGCCGUCUCUCCCUCCGGCCAGGGGGUCUGAAAAGUCACCUGAACCAAACAACCUUUCCUCCUGGUACCAACUUGUUUCAUCUUUGGGGACAGGUGAUGGAAGAUCUUGUGAUCUUGCUUCUGUGUUUUUCUCGAUUCUAUUGCCACCGUGGUAGUUUAGCUGUGCUUGCCUAACUUGUUACAUAAAUUAGUGCCCGCCAGGUCCAUGCAUACUGCCUCAAACGAGGUAAAUUCAUCCCAUCCUUAAGGCUGCACGAGACUGCACUGUGUAAUAAUCUGCUUUCUUUAUGCGCUGGUCAGUUGCUGGAUAAAGUGUUGAUUCAUUUUCCUGGUUGUUCUAAGUACAGAGACAAUAAACAUGGGAGGACAGGUGUUAAAAACAACAACAAAAACAAGAGUCUGAUAUGGGGUAAAGACCUAGAAGAUCGGAGAACCAGGAGCAGCCGCCAGUUGCUUCCUUCCUUUCUCGGUCCUCAGUUGGAAAGGGCUGAUGUCCCAUCUCCACAGUGCUGGGAUUAAAGGCCUGUGCCACCACUUCCCGGCUUCAGUGGUUAACUAGUGGCUAGCUCCGCCCUCUGAUCUUGUCAGAACACAAACAAAAUAUCACACAAUCAAAAUGGACUCUGAUUGUAUGUCCCUACCGAACCGCACACCUAAGAUCCAAAUGUGGCUGGGUAUGUUAUUAUUUGCCUUUAAUCCUAGCACUGGAGAGGCAGCAAGGAGUACCUUUACUGUGAGGCUAACCUGAUCUACAUAAGGAGUUCCAAGCAAGCCUGAACUACAUAGGGAGACCCUCUCUCAAAAACAAAGUAAAUUGCAUGUGUAUUUUCACCAAAACACCUUUUGCUUCGAGACAGCAUCUUACCGUGUGAUUUAGGCUGUGUCGGAAUUCACUGUGUAUCCAGGCCGAUCUCAAACUCAAGAUCCUACUGCUCACACCUCCAGAGGACUAGGAAUGCAGCCGUGUGCUAGCAUGCACAGCCUUGCGGUUUACCACAACUUUGGCUACAUAGUGAGACACUGUUUCAAAAUAUAUACGCUAUUUAUUUAUUUAUUUAUUUAUUUAUUUAUUUAUUUAUUUAUUGGUAGUGUGUGUGUGCACGCACACAUGCACACACUCAUGCCAUGGUGCCUGCCUGAAAGUCAGCGGACCACUUACCAGAGUCGCUUCUCUCCUUCCACUGCAUGAGGCCUGGACAUCAAACUUAGAUAAUCAGGCUACAAAGCCAGCUCAGAGUUUACCAUAACCUUGAUAAAAGUACCUGGGCCUGGUAUUGGGAUGUAUUUGGCACAAGGCUUGUAUUAGGCACCAUUCCUAGCAACCAGAAAAACAAAACAAACAAAACAAAUGACAACAAAGCAGGUGUAGGGACACAUACCUGCAGUCCCAGCACUCAGUAGCUCAAAGGACCAUAAACUCUGCACACAAAGGUUGAGGCUGCAGAGGGCCGCAUUUCAAAGAGAAAGGGCAUGGGUGGAAGGGGGAGUUUCUGGGCAAUAAGUCUUCCAGACCUUUUAGGGUUAGUCCCAAGAGGACUCAGUGGCAGGAUGACCAUCUGUGGGCUGUUUCCUCAGUAGUAAAUGAUGGGACAGUCACUGUGGUCCAGCUGGCAGAAUGAACAGAGAGCUCCCUGGUGAGUUUUCUUGGAGAGGGGUUACCAGGGCCCACUGGCUUGUGUCUGCUUUUUUGGGUCUCAGCAUCUGUGAGAGAUUUUCUGGUUAUCAGUUUUUGGGACAGCAGGUGGCGAUGUUUAGCAAAGUUGGGCACUGACCAGAAACCUGAAACUUUGAACUUGAGAAUUGGUGACCUAUAUCCUAGUAACCACCUUCAUGACCACAGCCAAAUACGGUUUGGGACAUUGUUGAAGACCAGCCUCAAUAUAACUCAUACUUUCUAAAAUAGGAGCGAGAGGAUUAGUAUUAUUAAGCAAAAGGAACAGACGUGAGAGAAAUAAAAGAAACACAGAAGCAUCGGGAGUGACGCUCAGUGAGCACUGAAUCCUGAACCCUUUCUGUAUUUCCCACAUGCUCAUAUGCUUCAUUCCAAAAGGGGAGAGGGGAGGCAACAGACCUCAUUAACAUGAUGUAAGGGAUAGACUUGAGUUUUCUGACCUUUAUAAAGUCCAAGGAGUGGAUCCAUCUCCACACCCCAAAUACUAAUUGACCACACCCUAGGUCAGGAUCUCCUGUUUGUAGCCACACCUGUUGACAACAGCUUUGAAAGCAAAAAUAAACUCGCUGACCUCCAGUCAAGGUAGAACAGGCUCACACCUGUGGAUCCCCACAAGACUAGGACUUUUCUUCCUAUUUAAGUUUUUGGGAGCUCCUCGGUGGUCCCAGGAAGGAAGGCAGA